CCAUUAUGGCAGAGGAGGAAUGCCAGACCCUAAAUUUUAAGGAUUUUCAAGAGAUCCUCAUUGCCGUUGUGCGCGCGCGCGCGCGCUGGAGUAAUACUCCGUCAUCGUCCUCCUUGCUGCUCCGUCGUUCAUCUUUCUCAACCAAGCUUCUUCGUCCCCUAUUUUGAGAGUCGGUGUUAUGUUGGUGUGGGUGCAGAGUUCGGCCCUUCUCUUUCCUUGUCUGGGGCAUCGAUUGUGUGUGUUGUUGGGUUAAACAUCUUCCCCUUCCUCUGUUUCAACUAUGCGUGAGAGUAGAGAAGAAAAUUGAACUCUAAACAAGCUAAAAUCAAGGUUCAAGAAGCUUACUUUAGAUAACAUAGAGCAUACUAUGCACGUUCAGCUUGUUGAUGAAGGGCUAUUGAAGCUUAAACAUUUGCUGUGACUACUCACGAUGGAAUGCUUGAGGAACACGGGUUUUCUCAUAUUUCAUGCCGACUACGUAAUUUUUGGGGCGUGAGACUUGGGCAUUCUUCUUCAUCCAGCUAUGGAGAGCAGGUCAAAAAAACUCGAUAUCAGAUCACCAUAAGACAGUAAAACACUGCAUAAUUAGUUGACUGGAAAAGAUGGUGGUUCAACGUUCCUAAGAUUUGUAAUUGGCAGGCUUUUGUGGUGACGUUAUUGGACAUAAGCUUGAAUCUUUGAAUGUGUUGCUUAGAGUCUAUUGUGAGACUGUGUCUUGGGGAAAUUUGCAUGAAUUUGUGAGUAGGAAAACGUAUGCAAGAUUAGAAGCUGACCUAAAAAGAAAGGACGCUCAGGGGAACCAGACUCCUUCACCUCUGGCUGCUUUUUCUCCACCUCUGGCCACUUCUCACUGCAAUUCAUGCUACUGCAUCAAGUGACAUAAUUUUUUAUAUUCCUUUCACUAUGCAGCUUCUGAAAUUCUUCAAUCUCAAAUCUCUCAAACGCCACAAGUUUAAGACCCUUUUGUGCACAAACCAUCUUCUGCCCCAUGCUUAUUUUUCCACUACGCCUCGCUUAAAACCCCACUCUCAAUCCCAGGCAACUGUUUUCAAUAACCCAUCAACUCCUUCACCAAUCUCUGAAUCUCUACUUCUAGAUUCAAUCAAAUCUUCUCAUUGGCAUUUUAUCAAGCAGGUUGCUCCCAGUUUGACUCCUUCUGUCAUCUGUCCAAUUCUAACCCGCCUUUACCAGAAUCCUCAGCUUGUUCUUCAACUUUUAACCCAACUUCAAUCUCACUCCUUGGAUUUCAAAACUCAUUGCCUUGCAAUUGCUAUCAUUUCCCGCCUUUCAUCCCCAAAACCUGCUAUAGAAUGCUUGAGGAAAUUAAUUACCCGUGGUAUUGCCACCAACAGGAUGAUUUUUGAUGAGUUGGCUCUUCUCCAUAGCAAAUUCAAUAUGAAGAGUAGUAUUGUAUUUGAUUAUCUCGUGAUGGCAUAUUGUGAGUUGAAGAAAGCUAAUGAGGUAUUGGCGUGUUUCUACAUGAUGAAAGAAAAGGGGGUCUUGCCCAAAACUGAGACCUGUAAUAUGAUGUUAAGUCUGUUGUUGAAGCUAAAUAGAGCAGACAUGGCAUGGGUUUUGUAUGCAGAAAUGUUUAGAUUGAAGGUCAAAUCCAGUGUGCGUACUUAUAAUAUAAUGAUUAAUGUUUUGUGUAAAGAAGGGAAGUUGACAAAGGCAAAAGAAUUUAUUGGUUAUAUGGAGACUUUAAGGGUCAAGCCUAAUACUGUUACUUAUAAUACAGUUAUACAUGCAUAUUGCAUGAGAGGGAAGGUUGAUGUGGCUCGAGGCAUCUUCAAAGAUAUGAAAGAUAAAGGCAUUGAGCCUGAUGGAUAUACAUAUAAUGCUUUUAUUGCUGCGAUGUGUAAAGCAGGAAGGCUUGAGGAGGCAUCUGAGUUACUCAAGAGCAUGUUGGUCCCCGAUGCUGUAGCAUAUAAUGCAUUGAUUGAUGGAUACUGCAAUAAAGGAGAUCUAGAUAAAGCUAUUGCCUACAGGGAUGAGAUGGUUAGUAGAGGUAUAAAUGCAUCUUUGGUGACCUAUAAUUUAUUAAUUCAUGCACUAUUUAUGGAAGGAAGAAUGGAUGAAGCUAAUGAUGUGAUAAAAGAAAUGAGAGAAAAAGGCAUCCAUCCAGAUGCUGUUACGUAUAACAUAUUGAUUAAUGGGUACUGCAGAUGUGGGAAUGUGGAGAAAGCUUUCAACUGUUAUGAUGAAAUGAUAAAAGCAGGGAUUCAACCAACCCAGGUAACAUAUACAUCACUCAUUUUUGUUUUGGGUAAAAAGAACAGAAUGACAGAGGCAGACAACUUGUUUAAGACAAUGCAACAAAGAGGUCUAUGGCCAGAUUUAAUUAUGUUCAAUGCAUUAAUUGAUGGUCACUGUGCAAAUGGUAAUAUAGAACGUGCAUAUUCCGUGGUGGAAGAGAUGGAUAAGAUGAAGGUUCUUCCUGAUGAAGUUACUUAUAAUACCUUGAUGCAAGGAUACUGUAGGCAGGGGAAGGUGGAAGAAGCUCGCCAACUUCUUGACGAGAUGAAAAGAAGGGGAAUAAAGCCUGAUCAUAUCAGUUAUAAUACACUUAUUAGUGGUUACAGCAAAAGAGGUGAUAUGAAGGAUGCUUUUAAAGUUCGUGAUGAAAUGUUGAGUAAAGGAUUUAAUCCCACCCUCCUCACUUAUAAUGCUCUUAUUCAAGGCUUAUGCAAAAACCAAGAAGGAGUGCAUGCCGAAGAACUCCUCAAGGAAAUGGUGCGUAAUGGCAUCACUCCUGGUGACAGCACCUAUAUCUCUAUAAUGGAGGCCAUGGGGAAAUCUGAGGACUCGGGGAAUGGCGAUAGCUGAAUUUAUGCGUUGACCUGAAAUUGCAUUAAGAAGAUUUAUUUCUGUCGCUUUUGUGGAAGUUUCUAUCUUGGACUCACGCCUCUUGGCAUUCUUGUAUUUGCAGCCUGCAUCACCAUGCAAAUCAUGUUGUAGAUCAAUAACUUGAUAUGACUCUCUGCUCCUUUUCGGGGCUGUGAUUAGGAUUUACCUAUUGAUUCUGAAUUUUAUUUUAGGUCAGUUUUGAAACACACACUUUACAAAAGGUUUCAGAUGAUCUCAAAUCUGAUUUCUUCAUUGGCUUUC